AAAUGCUCAGGUUCAUGAUUCCACUGUACAAUUCCUGGCUCAGGUUGCAUUGAUGAAACAGUGCCAACUUAAACCUGUCCUUUUAGUCACCUCACAACGAGAUAUAAAGGCUGAACCUGGGGUUUGGAUUAUUUGAAGUUCGAAUGAACAAGUUGACUUCUCAAAGCACUGAUCUGAAUUUCAGAAAAUGAAGACUGUUUUCAGGAUCUUUAUACUAGCGGCAUUCCACUUGGAUAUGUUUCGGGCACACAGAAAUGGGACUUCACAGCUGUUACAUCGGCACAAAAGAUCAUGGGUCAUAGAGAUAUAUGCGAUUGAAGAAGAGAUAACAACUCCUUUUUCCCUUGGCAUAGUACCGGUUAAUAAUAGCGCAGACACUAAGGUGGAAUUCCAAAUUUCAGGUAUGGGAGUCGAUAAAGAACCUAGAGGUGUCCUGAGAAUAAAUAGACACACUGGGGAACUCCAUGUUUUAAAGAAAGUGGAUCGUGAAAAGCACCAAACUAUAGAACUUAAAUUUACUGCAUUGGAGGUAUCUUCAAGGACUUUGUUUACUCAACUUGGUAUUGAUAUCGAGAUUUUAGACAUCAAUGACAAUGCACCCACUUUUAAGGCUAAAAACUACAGCGCAACCGUUAAAGAAGGAAGCACUCAAGGUGAACAAUUAGUUCUGGUUAAAGCUGAGGAUUUGGAUAAACCAGGCACAGUCAAUUCAACGUUUACUCUCAGAAUUGUUUCUCAGACUCCUAACACAGAUAAUGCCCAGUUUUUCAUUGAUGAAAGCGGUGUAAUUUCGUUCAGGGGUUGCAUCGAUUAUGAGAAAGCCGCGAAAUAUGAACUCAUAGUUGAAGCAAAGGAUAAAGGUGACAAAAUACAGUUGUCAAGUUCCACUACAGUUGUUAUUACUGUCGAAGACCAGAACAACAAUAGGCCAGUCCUGGAAGGUACUAAGUUGGUGGCGAAUGUGAAGGAGCGGGACUCAAAUGUGACUCUCCUCAGAAUAAAGGUAUCAGACAGAGACAAGCCUCACACUCCUGGCUGGAAAGCAAAAUACACGAUUGUAAGUGGGAACGAGAACAAAAACUACAAGAUUCUCACUGACCCAGAUACCAAUGAUGGAGUCCUGACCCUUGUGAAGUCUCUGGACUACGAAGAUGGCCAGAAGAGGACUCUUUCCGUCAUGGUGAAGAAUGAGAUUCCAUAUUUCACCUGCACAGUGAAGAAGGUUGUAGCUGAUGGCCUGUGGGAGCUUGAAAAAACCAGUGAUGAGGGAAGCCAAGGUCCAGCAGCAGAGACAAAGACCAUAACCAUCAUUGUGGAAGACAUCAACGACCCCCCAGAGUUCAUUCCUCCUUUCGGAACUGCUUAUGUUCAAGAGAACAGUGCAGUUGGAAUCAAAUUGAAGACUUUUACAGCCUUUGACAGGGAUGCCAGCUUGUCAAACAUGUUUCGGUACUCAGUGGGAGAUGACCCAGCAGGGUGGGUUUCUAUUGACCAAACUGGCACUGUCACUAACAAGCAAAAAGUGGACAGAGAAUCCCCUUAUGUGAAAAACAAUACUUACACAGUAACUCUUCUUGCAAUUGAUAAUGGGGUCCCGCCCUUGACUGGAACAGCAACUUUGGUCAUCUACAUCACUGAUGUAAAUGACAACACCCCCUAUUUGCUCACCACCGACAUUGAGAUGUGUGUAGGCGAGACUUCUUCAGCAAACUUAAUUGCUGAGGACAAGGAUGAAGAACUCUACUCCGGACCAUUCUUCUUUCAGCUGCUAGAAAAGGAAAGCCUGAAAGGGAAGUGGAAACUGGAGUCCACCCUGGGUUAUACGGUCAGACUCAUCAAAGACAAAGACGUUUACAGUGGAGUUUACGUUUUGCAUUUUAAAAUUCAGGACAAACAAGGUGAAUCGUCUGAGCAAAACCUGACAGUGACUGUGUGUGAAUGCACUGCAAUGUCCAAAUGCAACCCACUGGCUAGUAACAGCUUGGGUGGAAGAACCAUUGGAGUCAUGCUGGCAGCUCUGCUUCUAAUGCUGGGUAUUUUGCUGUUAGCAAUAGUUGGUGACAAAUCAGUUUUCACCCAAAUUGAUGGUGGUGAUUGUUCCUUGUGGAAAUCCAAUACAGAGCAAUUGGGCUCUGAUUGCCAGGUUGCCACUAAUGGAUCCCAAAAACGCAUUUACUACAACUCAGGGCAAGGUCAGAUGGCGAUAAAGGGCAAAAAGAUCAAUUGGAUUUAUAAAGACCAAAAUGAACUUUGGGUAGAGACAGAGAAUGACGUUAACUGUUGGAAUGAAUCUACUAUGGACCAAACAUGUUCAUUAACAAACAACCAAUAUGACAGUAUGGCUCAGAGAAUUGUGUUUUUGAUAAGCAAGAGAGUUGAUUCAUUACACUCUGGUCAAGAUGACCUCCUUAAGUAUAAUCCUCACCCGUAUGCCGAUGAAGGAGAAGAACCUGAAAUGCUGCAUCUUGAUGCCAUUUCCAUUCCUGACAGCAAGUUUUCGUCUGAUCAGCUGCUAGACCUGGGGCCCAAGUUUAAAACCCUGGCAAGCAUUUGCAACCGUCAAGCUGAGUCCAAGUACAAUAUUUCAGUGACUAACAAAUAGGUACUUGCUAAAGGAAAAACAUUAGACUGCAGGGCCUGAUCAUUGCUGUAGAGAAGCCAAGUCUGAAUGAACUGCGAUUAUAAAAAUAACUACUGAAGAAUAAACAGCGGGAUAUUAAAGCAAUGGAUUUAGGGUAAAGGGAAUCUAAAUGUUUUGAAGUCAUGAUGAAUUAAAAGGGCUGGAUUAAAAAUUGAUGGAUGUUGUUGAUUGAUUCACCUUACUUAUUGAAUUAAUAAAUACACUUCACACCCACUCAGAAGGGUUCAGUAGUACAAGCACUUGGUGUUGCCUCAACAAAGACAUUUAACUUUGAAACCUUCAUGUGAUACGUUUCUUUGUACCAUGUAAACGUAUAACAGUAAGAAGCUAGGUAAAGUACACAAGGUUUGGGCUAGUGCUGCCUUCAGCGUAUUUGGCAGUUAAGUUCUUAAUCAUUGACGAGGGGACAUGUCAAGACAUUUGUCGCUUAUAGUUUUAACUGUUGAUUCAGUGUAUUUUGGAGUUAUGAUGAUCUUCUUAGUAAUCAAUAGAGAACCUUUUAUUUAAAGGUUAUUUUUUUGUAAAUAUUUUUGUAGGUG